AUGAAACGGAUCAUGCUCUGUAGCCUCCUGUUCCUGGGAAGUGCAGUGAUGAUGGCCACCGCGUGCCCCAAGUACUGUGUCUGCCAAAACCUGUCUGAAUCCCUCGGCACCCUUUGCCCAUCCAAAGGCCUGCUCUUUGUUCCACCAGACAUUGACCGACGUACCGUCGAGUUGCGCCUCGGGGGGAACUACAUCAUCAGGAUAACACAGCAAGACUUCACCAACAUGACAGGGCUGGUGGACCUCACGUUGUCUCGCAACACCAUCAGCUCCAUCCAACCCUUUUCAUUUGUGGAUCUAGAAACACUCCGGUCUCUGCACCUGGACAGCAACCGUUUGACAGAGUUAGGACCGGAUGCCUUGCGUGGCCUGAUCAACCUGCAGCACCUCAUUCUCAACAACAAUCAGUUGAGUCGUAUAUCCAAAGAAGCCUUUGAUGACCUCCUGCUCACACUGGAGGACCUGGACCUGUCCUACAACAACCUACGCAGUGUGCCCUGGGAUGCCAUCCGUAAGAUGGUCAUCUUGCACCAGCUCAGCUUGGACCACAACCUGAUAAGUUACAUUCCAGAGGGUACUUUUACAGACCUGGACAAGCUAGCAAGGCUGGACCUCACAUCAAAUCGACUCCAGAAACUGCCACCCGACCCCAUAUUUGCCCGAUCGCAGAGUAAUGCUGUGCUGAGUACACCUUAUACAACUCUACUGUCCCUCAGUUUCGGUGGAAAUCCCCUUCACUGUAACUGUGAGGUCCUGUGGCUUCGUCGACUCGAGCGAGAGGAUGACAUGGAGACAUGCGCAUCCCCUCCGAGCCUGAAGGGGCGCUACUUUUGGUACGUACGCGAGGAGGAGUUUAUCUGUGAGCCACCUUUAAUCACCCAGCACACACACAAGUUGCUGGUGCUAGAGGGUCAGACAGCCAGUCUGCGCUGUAAAGCUGUUGGUGAUCCUAUGCCUGUUAUACACUGGGUUGCCCCUGAUGACAGGCUUAUCAGUAAUUCGUCACGGGCCACAGUUUAUGAGAAUGGCACUUUGGACAUUGUGGUCACUACCUCUAAGGACUAUGGCACUUUUACAUGUAUUGCGGCCAAUGCCGCUGGAGAAUCUACUGCCUCAAUUGAGCUCUCCAUUAUCCAGCUCCCUCAUCUUAGCAAUGGUACGAACCGCACUUCUCAGCCUAAGUCCAGACUGUCUGACAUCACCAGCUCCACAAAGACUAGUAAAGGGGAAGUUAAGGUUCAGCCUGAGCGAGCGGUGUCUGUUUCAGAGGUCACUUCUGUUUCGGCAUUGGUCAAAUGGACAGUCAGCAAAGCUACCCCUAAGGUGAAGAUGUACCAACUCCAGUACAACUGCUCUGAAGAUGAGGUCAUGAUCUACAGGAUGAUCCCAAUUGCUAGCAGAGCAUUCCUGAUCACCAAUCUGAUGCCAGGGAUGUUGUAUGACCUGUGUGUUCUGGCAAUUUGGGACGACACUGCUACCACCCUCACUGCCACUAAUGUGGUGGGUUGCGUUCAGUUUGUGACCCGUGAUGACUACCCACGUUGCCAGUCCUUACACAGCCAGCUCUUGGGAGGCACCAUGAUCCUGGUGAUUGGUGGUGUCAUCGUGGCCACUCUUCUCGUGUUUAUUGUCAUCCUUAUGGUGCGAUAUAAAGUAUGCAGUAGUUCCCAGUCAGCCAAACUGCCAGCUGUCAGCAACACCUACUCACAGACCAACGGCGGACUGCAGGCUGCACAGAGGCUCAGCGGAGUCCCUGCAGUCCAGGUCCCCAAAGCCACAGUAGUGGUGCGCAAUGAGGUGAUAGACUUCAAGUGUGGUUCUCUGCAGAGCAGCCUCUCAUCCACCUCCUCAGUUGACUCUCUGGGUUGCAGCCAAGGGGACAACUACAGCCAGGCUUGCACACUCCCCAAAAGAUGGAGGCAUGCACCUGUUAAGGCAAGGCCCAACCUUGAAAACCUGUUGGGUGCCUUUGUCUCGCUUGAGCUCCGUGGCCCUUCUGGUGAACCAGGGGGGACGUCCCCCGGCUCUGGGACCAUGGUGGCGGCCACAGCGGACCGAUCCGACAAGGAGCCGCUGCUUGGCCGUAAUGAGUCCAGGCUGGGCAAGUUACUCAGUUUUCCCUUGGAGAAUAAGCCAAAACGGAGCCACUCAUUCGACAUGAGCGAUUUUGGCACUGCGCAGUGCCUGAGCUACCCACAACGCAUCAGCAACAUCUGGACUAAGAGGAGUCUGUCUGUCAAUGGCAUGCUGCUACAAUGUGAUGAAAGUGAGAGUGAAGGUGACAAGGGUAUGUUGGAUAUUUCAGAAUGGGUCAUGGAGAGCACGGUCUGA